AGGCUGUGCCGGGUUGCGAAGGGGGAGACUAACGUCGGGUCGGGUCAGCGGGCGCUGCAGUAGUCGCCGCAGCGGCGAUGGGAGCGGUGGGGACGAGGCGGCGGCGGCGGCGGCAGGCGGGGGAGCCGGGGCUGACACCAGAGCAGCGGCUGGGGGAAGCCAGCAGCAGCAGUAACAGCAGCAGCCGCCGCCGCCGCCAGUAAACGCGGACGGUACCAGAGAGGCUACCCAGCCGGCCGGCCCUCGAAGCUGCGCUUGGGUCCCGCCGCAGUUUGCGGCGGGGGAUGGGCAGGCGGUGGCAGUCCCGCCUGCUGAGGGUUGACCCCUGCCGGUCCUGGCCCUGAACUGGACCCGAGCCCACCGCCCGACAUCCCUGCGUCCGCCACGGCCCAGGUUAAAUGGAAACCACCCUUGGGAACUGGAUGCCAGUGUAGCUGUUCUACUGUAUCAGUGUAUUGCAAUGAGUGGGGGAGGAGAGCAACCAGAUAUCCUGAGUGUUGGAAUCCUGGUGAAAGAAAGAUGGAAAGUGUUGAGAAAGAUUGGAGGUGGGGGAUUUGGAGAAAUUUACGAUGCCUUGGACAUGCUUACCAGGGAAAAUGUUGCACUGAAGGUGGAAUCAGCUCAACAACCAAAACAAGUACUAAAAAUGGAGGUUGCUGUUUUAAAAAAACUACAAGGGAAAGACCAUGUUUGUAGAUUUAUUGGCUGUGGGAGGAAUGAUCGAUUCAACUAUGUGGUCAUGCAGUUGCAGGGUCGGAAUCUAGCAGAUCUUCGCCGUAGCCAGUCCCGGGGCACAUUUACCAUUAGCACUACUCUUCGGCUGGGUAGACAGAUUUUGGAGUCUAUUGAAAGCAUCCAUUCUGUGGGAUUCUUGCACCGAGACAUUAAACCGUCGAACUUCGCCAUGGGUCGCUUUCCUAGUACAUGUAGGAAAUGUUACAUGCUUGAUUUUGGCUUGGCUCGACAAUUUACCAAUUCCUGUGGUGACGUCAGACCACCUCGAGCUGUGGCAGGCUUUCGAGGGACAGUUCGUUAUGCAUCAAUCAAUGCUCAUAGGAACAGGGAAAUGGGAAGACAUGAUGACCUUUGGUCCUUAUUCUACAUGUUGGUGGAGUUUGUGGUUGGUCAGCUGCCUUGGAGAAAAAUAAAAGACAAGGAGCAAGUAGGCUCUAUUAAGGAGAGGUAUGAUCAUAGGCUCAUGUUGAAACAUCUCCCUCCAGAAUUCAGCAUCUUCCUAGACCAUAUCUCCUCAUUGGAUUAUUUUACAAAACCAGACUACCAGCUUCUUACAUCCGUGUUUGACAACAGCAUCAAGACCUUUGGAGUAACUGAGAGUGACCCUUUUGACUGGGAGAAGACUGGAACUGAUGGCUCCCUAACAACCACCACCACUUCUACCACCCCACAGUUGCACACCCGCUUGACCCCUGCUGCAAUUGGAAUCGCCAAUGCCACUCCAAUCCCAGGAGACUUGCUUCGAGAAAAUACAGAUGAGGUGUUUCCAGAUGAACAGCUUAGUGAUGGGGAAAAUGGCAUCCCUGUUGGUGUGUCACCAGACAAAUUGCCUGGAUCUCUGGGACACCCUCGUCCCCAGGAGAAAGAUGUGUGGGAAGAAAUGGAUGCCAACAAGAACAAGAUAAAGCCUGGAAUUUAUAAGGCUGCUACCGAAGAAGAGAACAGUCAUGGUCAAGCAAAUGGUAUUCUCAAUGCUCCAAGCCUUGGCUCACCAAUUCGUGUCCGCUCGGAGAUUACUCAACCAGACAGAGAUGUUCCGUUGGUGCGAAAGUUACGUUCCAUUCACAGCUUUGAGCUGGAAAAACGUCUGACACUGGAGUCAAAGCCAGAUACUGACAAGUUUCUUGAAACCUGCCUGGAGAAAAUGCAGAAAGAUUCCAAUGCAGGAAAAGAAUCCAUUCUCCCUGCUCUGCUUCAUAAGCCUUGUGUUCCUGCUGUGUCCCAUACUGACCGUGUCUGGCACUAUGAUGAAGAAUAUCUUCCAGAUGCUUCCAAGCCUGCUUCUGCCAACACCCCUGAGCAGGCAGAUGGUGGUGGCAGCAAUGGUUUUAUAGCUGUUAACCUGAGUUCUUGCAAGCAAGAGAUUGAUUCCAAAGAAUGGGUGAUCGUGGACAAGGAGCAGGACCUUCAAGAUUUUAGGACAAAUGAGGCUUUAGGCCACAAAACAACUGGAAGCCCUUCUGAUGAGGAGCCUGAAGUGCUUCAAGUCCUGGAGGAAUCACCCCAGGGUGAAAAGCUUCGAUUAGGCCCUUGGGCAGAAAAUGAUCAUUUUAAGAAGGAAAUUUCAGGUGUGGUCUUAGAACUUUCUGCGGAGUGCCCUGCCACUAUUGCUUCAGAACAGUAUAUAGAUAAACCGGAACUCCAGGCUGGAGUGGCUAGUCAGUUUAUUGCAGCAACACCCACGAGUCAUUUGGAGGCACAAGCAGAGGGACCCCUUACAGCGAUUACAAUUCCUAGACCUUCCGUGGCAUCUACACAGUCGACUUCAGGAAGCUUUCACUGUGGUCAGCUGCCAGAGAAGAAAGAUCUUCAGCCUGUGGAGCCCACUGUGGAACUUUACUCUCCAAGGGAGAAUUUCUCUGGCUUGGUUGGAACAGAGGGUGAACCACCUAGUGGAGGAAGCAGAACAGAUCUGGGGCUUCAGAUAGAUAACAUUGUUCAUGACAUAUUACCCAAUAUUAAAGAAAGUGACAAAUCUCAAGACCUGGGAGCAAAAGAUCUUCCUGACUAUAACAGACUGGUUGGAAGAGAGUUUGAGAAUCUCCCUGGGGAAAAUGAAGAAAAAAGCAUCCUUCUAGGAUCAGAUAAUGAAGAUGAGAAGUUAAGUAAAAGGCAGCAUUGUGUUGACAUCUCUCUCCCAGGAGAUUUGGUAACUACGAAAAAGGAUCACUCAGCUGCUACUGAACCUCUUGGUGUGACAAAAACACAGACUUUUAGUGUGGUGCCAAAUCAAGACAAAAAUCAUGAGAUAAUGAAGCUUUUGGCAGUUGGAAAUUCAGAAAUUUCUCCAAGAGUCAUUGACCCACAUGUUGAAGGACCGAUAGGCCAGGUGGUAGCAAUGCAAAAAAGUAAACUAUCUAAGGAUGAUGACGUCAAGAGUGAAGACUUGCCAGGUCAUCAAGGAGACCUCUCUACUCUUUUAUACCAAGGUGGUAAGAGAGAUAAAAUUGCCCUUAGAAAUGGAGAGCUAUUUCAUUGUGUUUCAGAGAAUGAACAUGGACCCCCAACUCGGAAGGAUGUGGUUAGGUCAUCCUUUGUAACUAGACACAGCCGAAUCCCUGUGUUAGCACAGGAGAUAGACUCAACCUUUGAAUCACCCUCUACAGUCUCUGCAAAAGAAAAGCUCCUCCAAAAGAAAGCUUAUCAGCCAGACAUAGUCAAGCUUCUACUGGAAAAAAGGCAAUUUAAAUCUUUCCUUGGUGAUCUCUCAAGUGCCUCUGAUAAAUUGCUAGAGGAAAAACUAGGUACUGUUUCAAUUCCCUUUUCUGAGGAGGAAGUCUUUACUCCCUUUUCAAGACUGACAGUAGAUUCUCACCUGAAUAGGUCAGCUGAAGAUAGUUUUCUGUCACCCGUUACCUCCCAGUCCAGAAAGAGCAAAAUUCCAAGGCCAGUUUCAUGGGUCAACACAGAUCAAGUCAAUAGCUCAGCUUCAUCUCAGUUCUUGCCUCGGCCACCACCAGGAAAGCCACCCACAAGGCCUGGAGUAGAAGCCAGGUUACGCAGAUAUAAAGUCCUAGGGAGUAGUAACUCUGACUCUGACCUUUUUUCCCGCCUGGCCCAAAUUCUUCAAAACGGAUCUCAGAAACCCCGGAGCACUACUCAGUGCAAGAGUCCAGGAUCGCCUCACAUUCCAAAAACACCACCCAAGAGUCCAGUUGUCCCUCGCAGGAGUCCCAGUGCCUCUCCUCGAAGUUCAUCAUUGCCUCGCACAUCUAGUUCCUCACCAUCUCGGUCUGGACGGCCCCACCAUGACCAGAGGAGUUCAUCCCCACAUCUGGGGAGAAGCAAGUCACCUCCCAGCCACUCAGGAUCUUCCUCCUCCAGGAGGUCCUGCCAACAAGAGCAUUGCAAACCCAGCAAGAAUGGCCAGAAAGGAUCCAGCAGCCUCCACCACCAUUCAGCCAGCACUAAAACUCCCCCAGGGAAGAGUAAGCCAGCCAGUAAACUCAGCAGAUAGGAGCCGGGCUGCAACUCUAUGAAAGGUGUGAGAUCUUCCUCUUAAACCUGAUGCAUGUCUGUCCCCGUACUGUCUAUUCAAAAAAUCAGUGUUGAUCUUCUCUUGCAAAAGAAAGUAACAUGAUCAGUUAUUUCUAAGAAGGCAUAAAUGUAUGAUAAGGAAUUACCUAUGGCAAGCAGCAGGCAGAUCAGGAAUUAAUGCCUUUGCAUAGGAAGGGACAAUACAGCAAAAUCCAAGCAGGAGAAAACUCAUUAAAUGAGUUCUCAUUUUUUAGCUGCAGUUAGGAUAGGAGUCAGAAUGGAAUUUUAAGAGGUUUUGCCUAAUUUUUUAAUCCUUUACUCAAAGAUUAUAUUGCAAAAGUGAAAUUUCUUGUUUGAUAUUUUCAUUCAAAACUUCCAACCCUGGAGAGUCAUUGCUCAGAUAUUAGAUUAUAUAAGAAGUCUGUUGCCAGGGAGCCAGUACUCAUAUAUAUUUGGUUUGUUUAUUUAUUCAGUGUAUGGAGAAUUCGUACCUUUACUUUGCUUCAUUCCUAGUAACCUCCCGGGAUUUCACAUUUUUUUACAAUAUUAUCAAUUCCAUUCUUUGUCUCCAUUGAUACUUUUUUGAUUUCACAUUUUUUAAAGCCAUUGUUUCUUGCCUGAUCCGAUCCCUUUUCUUUUAUCUUAAAAAAUAUGUUCUAAUAGAGUUUUAAAUCUGAUUUAAAUAGAAUUUUAAAUGUUUUUUUUUUUUUUUUUAGUUCCCUAAUAAUUUUGGAGGGAGCAAUAGUUUUUAAACUAGUACAUUUUUAUUGUGAAAAAUAACUGAGAAACUUACAUGAACAAAAGAAAAUUCUAAUUAGAGCUGCUUUGGAGGCUUUAGUGUUUAGGGGGAGAGGGCCAAAAUGUGGUGCAAUAUCCUUCAUAAUAGAAGAACCCUCUUCCACCCUGGUAAGUUUCCUCCUUGUAGAGGGAAAACUAACAUAGUAGUCUGCUUCCUUAAGUCUUCUAGAUACCAGUUAUUUCUAAUGUCAACCUCUAAGAUGAUGCUAGGGAAGGACAAUGGUUUGCAAUGUGACUUUAGAGAUUUAGAAAAAAAAAAUUAAGAAAUUAGGUAUGUUAUUGAGGUUUAUAAUCCUCAAACUUUGUAUUUUAUACAUUUGGCCAAUAAGGAAUGAAUAUUUGGGGAAAUAAAUUUAGCCUAAAUAUUUUUCUUUUAAUGUUUUAUUACUUCUAUAAUUUAGUUCUGUAUUUGGGCUCUUGGCUUGAUUUCCAUGUAAUUUUAAUUUAUGAAACUGUACAGAGGAUCAUAAUUGUUUUAAUCUUACUCAUCUAACAGGAAUUGGGCAAAAUUAAGUAUACCAGACUUUUUAAACAGGCUCUUUUAUUCUCUCUAGGUGUUUUAUGUUGUAAAGACCAUAUUAAGGUCAGAUAAUCUAAUUGGUCUGCUUACUAUUGAAAUUUGCCUUCUAGCAAACAUCUGUGCUUUCUGUUUGACCUUGUAUUUGCUGCCAAUAUUAUUGAAUUGGAAAGCAAAAAAUGAAAGAAAUACAUUUCCUCACCAAGUGAACAUAUUCUAUGCUGCAUCAAAGCUGCCCUGAAGCUGCACUGAACUUAUCUUGUUCUCUUUAUCUGUGUUGAGCUUUUUAAAAGAACAAACUAAAAACAUAGAGGCAUAUAAGGUCUCUUGUAAGAAAUGUAGCCUAGUAUGGAAUCUUAAUUUCUCUUCGGUUGCAAACACUACAGAGGAAUGCAAUAGAUAAGACGUAUUUGCUGUUUAUCUAAAGCAACUGUAAUAUUGGAAGACCUAUCCUGUAUUAUACUGUAUAAUAGUUGCUAUAACACUAUUUGCAUGUCUUCAUGGUAAAUUGUAUACAUAUUUAUAAAUAUAUAGAGACAUAUGCUUAUAUAAACUCAUACUUUCUCAUUCUCCAUUUGUAAUUUUAAGAUCACAGAUGGCGAAAUUGCUUUUCUAUUGUGUGCCUCGUGUACACUUGGGCCUUGCCUGUCUUUAUUUUUCUGAAAAUAUGUUCUUGGCAUGUGACACCUCAGAUUCUUCUUGCCUUCCUUGUAGGUAAUGCAAGGUUUGGCAGUCUUUAACAAGCCAAGAUAAGUUAUUUUUCAUUUUAAAAUAUUAUGUUAGGGGAAAAAAAUGACUGGGACAUGCUUGUAAUGCUGGUUCAGUGAUUUGUCAUGUUAAUCACAUCGUUCUGUCCUUAUGGUUAGAGUGGAUAACUGGGAUGAUAAUCAUGGGUCUGACAUAAGUAGAUUUUUUAAAAUGUUUCUUUAAAAGUGUCAUUCUACUUUUCUUUUUUUCACAUCACUUUUUUGUAGAGGACAGUAGGGGGGAUAAUUAAUGCAUUACUUUUUCCUAUUGUAUUAGCUAAAUUAUGCUAAAAGUAGCCAGCUUUAAAUCCUGACCCCUCUCAUCAGGAAUGUGCUACUAGUAACCACUGGAAAAGCUGAUAAAGCUACAACUGUGGUAUGUGUGGGAUUUUAUUUCUUACCAGCAUUUCUGUGCUGGCAUUCAAAACUGACAGUGAGGGCAGUGUGGCGACUGAAUGUUUUCUCUCUCUCUCUGGUCCUGACAUUUUUCUUCCAGUCUUCCCACUGUGUUACCCCCUUUUCUAAAUGGCAUUUACAAACUCAUCAAGACCCAGAGAUAAAGUCUCACUGUGUCAGUAUAUUUUAUUUUGCCUGUAGAGGAAAGAGUUAACCAAAGAUACUUUAAAAAGAAAACAGACUGAUUAUAUCUAAUGUAUCAAGAGGUCCACUUAGAAGCACUAUCCUAUACUGAGAUUUACUUUAUGGUUUUUAAAAAUAUAGUUCAUGCUUUUAGAUGUUAGGUGUCACUCAAGCUAAAAAUAAAAGUUGCAGCCCUGAGCAAGAACUUUUGGCACAAGGACUUUAAUUUUUGUUUUAAUUUAAAGUAUGAUACAGAGAAUGAGGUUUUUUGGGGUUUUUUUUGUUGUUGUUGUUAUUUUGAGGUUUUUAGUGAUGGCAUAAUUCAGAAAUUAGUGACAUAGAUCAUCCAAGUAAUUUUAAACAAAUUUGGUUUUUUACCUAAGAUGAGGAUAUGCCAUUAAAGUCAAGCCAAAUUAUACUGAAAGUAGUAUGAGGCAGAAGUUGAUAUUGUCUUUUCAAAAUCAGGUACCUCCUGGUUUCUUCACAACAGAAUGAAUGGUUACCCACUCAAGCCUGCCCCUGCCCUCCCUUGUCUAGUCCUUGGAAUUGCUUGGGUGGAACAGAAGAUAGCAACAGCUCAAUCCCUUUAGGUAGCAUUCCUCUUAAAUUAUUUUGCCAAAUCUCCUGGGUAUAUGGAUCGGCUGAAAUAAUAAAAUCCCACAUAGUAAUCUCUUCCAUAGCUUAAAGGCAUUUAAUUAUAAGUAGAAUUGAACAAAAAAGGGAAAAUUUAGUCAUAUUAAAUUUAACCUUAAAAACACAGAUUACAAAUAUCUUUGAAUGUUAAGCCCUAGGCAAGCAAGUACUCUCAUUCUCAACUCUGGUAUGCAAGCUGGCCUUGCUAACAGUGGCAUAGUUACAUUUACUGUUUUUUUAAGUUGCAUGUUGUGAAGUGAAUGUUUUUUGUAAAAGUUGCCAAGUUAAUCAAGUCUUAAAUAAGUAGCAGAAUGGUAAUUGAGACCCACUGUAGUCAUUAUCCACUUUACAUUAUUUGCUUUCAAAUACUAAAGAAAUCUCAGCUGCUUACUAAUUUAGUGUUCUAGAUGUACAGUGUCUUUUCGUUUAGCCCCUAGCCACAAUGGGAACUUUGAGGUUCUUCAGUAGUCAUCAGAGAUUCCUUCCAGGCCAUGGAUUUUUAUUCUAACGUUUCUAUGGUUGCAUUCAAUCUACAAGGGAAAAAUGUACGUUGGCAUAUGUUUUAUAAACCCAGACACAGAUAGUUAAAACUGUAAUUAGUUUUUCCAUACCCAGUAGCUUAGAAUUAAAAACAGAUGCUUUUCCCCCAGUUUUUACAUUCCUAAUCUAACAUUAGGAAUUGGUGAUAGGAGAAACAGGAUCCAGAAUUCAGAAUUUAAUGAGAGUUAGGGGGGAAAAUGCAUCUUAGUCUGGCUAUUUGAAAAUAUAUUUAUUUGUAGAUAGAUUUAGAGUUAGCCUUGGAGAUCAAAGUUUUUCAUAUUUUAGAAACUUUUUCCAUUCCUUUAUAUCUAUCAAAACAUGCUAUAUGUUAGAGAACCAUUUCUUCCGUAUGUUCCUAUGUUUUGGAAUUAAGUUGUUUGCAUUUACUAUAUUAAAAUAUAGUAAAUGCUCAUUUCUGUUUAUGUGUAUUUACCAUAGAUGUGUUGGGACUUAACCUAAGGGGAAGAUACUUCAAUAUCUGUUAUCACUGAGGAGAUAGAAUGGUUGAUAGCCACUCUUGCACUGUUGAACUUUCUUGAGUUUUGGUUCUGUAGACAGUCUAUUAGCAGAAUUUCUACUCAACUGUGAUUUAAUACCAAAAGUAUUUCAGGAUUAAGGCAUGUAACUUCUAUGGUAGUCCUUACAUGUCAAUACAGUAUACACGCAAGUUCAGAAAACACAGAUGCAUUUUUAGACCUUAGAGAAGUGAACUAAAGGUAGGUCUAGUCCUCAGAUCAUAUGGGAGGAUAUAUAGCACAUUGAAAAUCCCAUGUUUUUGUCAGGAUAUCCUCCUUCCCUGUCCUCACCUGGCGUGAACCUGAGGUUGUGGAAGUAGAGUGGAAACUCACCGUGUCAUUGGGUAUUCUCAAUAUUUUGCCUUGCAUCUGCAAUUAUGAGAAGUGUAAGUAAAGUAAUCUCAGGAUCCUUCAGACUCUGUUACCCAACAUUGCUAAGGAAAACUACAAGGAAGUAUAUAGGGAAUUCCUGUAGUUCUUAGGUAACUACAUGGGAUGAGGAUCCCUGUCCACUUAAAGGGGAAUUCAGAUGCUACACACUUCAAUCUCUGGCUGGACAUGGAAGGAUGACAUUAAAGUCUUGGCCCAUCAAGACAUUUUCUAAUUCACUUGUCAUUGUUUGCUCCUACUUGAAAACUAUGUAAGCUUGAUGUUUAAUUAUUCCCCUUGCACAAAGUUGGAUCACAAAAGUAAUUAAUGUGACAGUAUCAAGAUCACCUUGAAGUUCCACACAAUCUCAAGACACUGAAUAGCAAAGAAGUUAAAUUACUCAGUAAUGAUUUAUUUCCUUACUUUUCUGGAUCCUUGGUCUUAAGGAGACAUGUGAAAGAAGUGAAGCCUUUCCUUUUAUUGUCAGUUUUCUGCCUCCCUUUUAACUAGAAGUAAAAAUAUGGGCACAGUAUUUAUGCUGGUGAUUCUGCCUAUGUCUUUCAGAUACUUCUGGGUCCCUUAACCUAGAGAACAGGUUUGGAUGAGGCAGAUCUUUUAGCCCCUGUGACUGUAUAAUUUGUUGAUAACCUAAUUUUCCGUAACAAUGGAUAGGAAUUUUACGUCUGUUUUUAGUAGUUUGUUAUUGUUUUGUAAGUAAGUGUUCACUCAAUUAAAAGAGCUGAGUAAACAAAGUUUUUAUAUAGACUACUCAUGCUGUAUGAUGCUUUUUUCCUUUUUUACCAUACUCUAUCUGGGUAUCCUUCACUCAACUACGUAAAAACAAGGCUACCAGAGCUUGAAUGUGAUUUAUUUCAGGGAGCUACCCAGGGAGGGGAACGCUCUUAAGACUUUUUCCAAAACAAUUUUCUCUUUAAUCUAUUCACCAGAUGGGUAUAUUAGUCCACUAAGGUAAAAAGCCUUCAGAAAUACAAAGAUAAGAAGAUUAAGGAAAUAAAACUUGUGACUUUGUAAUUGGAUUGGGUAUGACACCGGCUUGAGCCCCCUGCGUUCUCUCUGACACACAGUUAGUUCCUGGUCCCACUUCUGACUCCUUUUCUGAAAUAGGCAGUGUAUAUGUCAUUGGGCCAUUUACUUACAAGUUCCCAACUUUUAGGUAAAAAGAGGGAGAGGGCAAACAUUUACAUUGGAAUUAGAUACAAAUCUUAAAAAUUAUGAGCUGUGGGAGCUGUUAAAUCAGAUUCAGCCAUAAAGCAGAAUUCUCUCUUGUUGAACAAGACCAAUGAUUUAGAAUAGAUGGCUUUAAUAAUUUCACUUUUCUUUCCCUUUCUUCUCCCCUUCUUGCUGUCAGAGAUGAGAAACUGCUGUUUAAAAUACCUCCAGUGGUACUGUAUUGUGUCCCUUUCCCCUCCAAGUAGCUCCCUUUGGGCGAUUUUGCUCAGGCAACCAAGGACAUAUAAAGUAUUGGGAGAGACACAGAAUGCUUUUGUAUAGGUCAUCUGUACAUAAAAGUGUAAUAUUUAUUUAAUUUUCCCAUUUGUAUCAUAUUAAAGCUUUGUACAGUGUUUUAAGUUCUGUUUUAAAAUUAUUUUGUAUUUUAUUUUUAUAAUCUAGUAAUAAAAUAUUCAUUCCGCAUGCAAA